AUGUCGAGUGGCAAUCACGCCCAGGCAUUCCUCGCCAAUGGACUUCCCCCGGCGCUCGCGUCUCCUCUCCACCCGUGGUCUCCUCCCGUGUCCCAGAGCAUGUCCGAGAUGGCACUUGACAACGGUCCUGUCCCAAGCACUACUGCGCACGCGCUCGUCGUCUCCCCCGCUGUUAACCGUCGCCCCCGCCGUAUCUUGUCGUCCGAGGACAUCGACAACGACCUUGUGUUCCCCACCGCUUGGGUUGCACUCGACCAGCUUGCUCGUCAAGAUCUUACUCCGUCUCCUAUCGAGGAGGCUCCAAGCACCCUGGCCCCCGAGCACAUUGUCCCGUCCAUUGGCCCCAUCUCCAAAGCUCCGAACUCCCAGGCCUCGGGCCUGUCGCAGAGCGUCAUCCCCAUGAACAUCAGUCGCCAGAUCCAGGAGUAUGUCAAGAGCCAUCUCAGCGAUGUUGUCGGCGACGACGACGACGAUGACCUUGAGAUCGUCACUGGCGAGUUUGAAGAGGACGAUGAGCACGAGCGCCUCGAGGGCGAGAACGACUUGGACGCCGCCUUCGACAUCAUCAUGGAGGCCUACGAGGAGGACGAAGACGUGGAGCGCCCUGUCACCCCACUGUCUGACAACUCGCCAAACACCCCACCUCUCGGCCCCGCGUCUGUUCCCCGCCCCGCUGCUGCCCACCCUACCUCCCCCUCGCCCGACACGGAGAGCCCCUCCGACGUCAAGGUGAUUAUGGUUGGCCCUGACGGCGAGCUUCCGCGCACCGGUGCCCGCGACCAGGCGGCGGUCAACCGCAGAAUUGUCCGCCAGACGCGUCUUCAGCACCGCCGUGGAGGGUACGAUCGCGAAGAGGUCGACGAGAUGGCCGAGGCCAUCUAUGUCGAUGACGGUAACAAGGCAAGCUGCAAUGGUCUGCUGGCGGCCAUGCGCAAGGAGGAUAUUGUCACCCCGCGCCGUUUCGUCGGCUGGCCCAGCCGGCGACCAGACGCACAUUCCCGCCGGGCUCAUGACUGGAGCCGUAAAGGAGAGGCUUGCCACCCUCGCGGGCCUCAUUGA